AUGGCAACCCUUGCUAUAGACCAGAUUCACCAACCCUACCAGCCACCACCGCAGCUGCAGCGAACAGAUCGCCGCGCAGCAGCCGCGUCCAGCACCAUCCUUGGAGCAGCUGCCCUUCUUCACUCUAGGACCUUCCCACCCUUGCAACCGCUACCGGAGAUGGCUCCAUUGUUGGUCUCUAAGGGUCAUUCACAAGCCGUCCCGAAUUCAACGAAGAAAGAGUGGCAAACGAGUCUUCACAAUGCUGAUGAAUAUGAUUUGUUAAAAGUAGUGCCUUGCCUUCUUGAUGUUGUGGUGGAAGAGGGCAUUGUUGAAGACAAAUUGAAAGAGAAUGGACUAGGAUCGAAAGGCACCCCGGAAACAUCUAGAGAACCUUGCCCAGACCGUAUCGUUGAUGACGUAGGUGGAGCUUUUGGGAUGGGUGCUGUUGGUGGUGGAGCUUUCCAUUUCUUGAAAGGACUCUAUAACUCACCUAAAGGUGAGCGUUUGAUUGGGGGUACUCAAGCAGUCCGCAUGAAUGCUCCUCGUGUUGGUGGUAGUUUUGCAGUAUGGGGUGGGCUCUUUUCUACCUUCGACUGCACAAUGGUCUACAUGAGGCAGAAAGAGGAUCCUUGGAACUCGAUCAUAGCAGGUGCAGCAACUGGCGGUUUUCUGCAGAUGCGUCAGGGAAUGGGUGCUGCUUCACGGUCAGCAUUGUUUGGUGGUGUUUUACUUACUUUGAUCGAAGGAGCUGGGAUAAUGUUAAACAAAGUUAUGAGUGCACAACAGAACUUCCCUCCGAUGGAAGACCCUGUUCCGAAUAUGGCUGGUAUGCCUGGACACCCCAUGGGGCAAAUGCCUGGUCAACCUUCAGUAAAUGUUGAGAGAAUGGACGCAGGAUCUUCUUCUUCGUCGCCAUCAUCAUCUUCUUCAUGGUUUGGAGGCCUUUUUGGCGGAAAGGAGGAGACAACUUCUAGUGAUGGAAGCAAGACAAAGGUCUUAGAGAGCUUUGAUGCUCCAACUCCUCCAUCAUUCGAGUACAAAUGAA